AGAGAGAGAGAGAGAGAGAGUGUGUAGACUAUACUGUAUGUGAGAGCGACGGAGCUCAGUAUUUGUGCGGACUCGUGGCGCAGAGACACUCGGUACAGUGAGAGAAAAAUAAAUAGAGAUAGCCUACCACUGAACCGGUCAGGGAUCUAUAGACACGAAAUCCUCAUCAGCAUCGAGUCGCGCGUCUCGUCUGCGACAGGAGCCCGUUACCUUCGGUAGACGAUUAAUUUAUAUGCUCCAGCAUCUUGGCAGAGACUGAUUUAUAUAUGUAGGCUAUAUGCAUUAUUAAGAUACACCUGCUGCUAUUUUAACUUUUCUGUCUAAUUAUUCGUCAAAUUAACUCAUCGAUCAAGGCUUCGCUGACAGUGGCAAUGGUAGUAGUACACAUAUAGCCUUCUUCUCGAGCUGAAGGACUGCAGUGGAGGACGGGUUUCCCUGGGAUACGUUUGGAUUUUUUUCUUCUUAGCGUAGUAAGGACUCGAUCAGCAUCCACUUGUGUAACGUGAACACUGAACAUGGCCGUAUUUUAUUCUUGACACCUUAACACAACGGAGAAGAAUUUCUUCAGGCAAUUUCCAAUCCGAGUUGGGAUCCAGCAUUAUCCAGCUAUGAUGUAGACGCUCAAGUCCAUACGGUCAUCAUCAGUGUUCAUUAUUGAGUAUUAAUUAGGAUCAACCCAGGGCCUUCUUGCGAUUUCUGUCAUCAAAAUGCCUGCUGGAAUGAAGCCUCUUGAAAAAUUCUUAAAGAAGCAGACCAAUGCACUCACUCGGGCGGGUGGAUUUGGGGAGAAGGCCACCGGCACCGGGGCAUCCAGGCGACGGGCCAGCCUGUCCCGUGUGGUGCCGUUCUUUAGGGAGACGUCUCCCGAAAGCGGCCCGGCGAGGGAGGUGUUCAGCCCGGAGACCGAAGAAGCGCCGUGCUGGCCUUCCGCCACUGCGGACAUCAGGAGUCCGUCGCUGUCCAGCGAUGAGCAGAGCUCAGAGGCGAGUCUGGACACGAACUGGACCCCGCUGCCCGCGGACACUCCAGACAAUCUAGCGCUGGCGCUGCUGGAUAGUGUGGCAGGAAAGCGGUACGCCAACUGCACAGAAAUACUCCUGGAUGACUUCAUGCUGACGCACCCAAUCUUCUUGGCCCCAGACAAGUUCCAGCAGGUCUUGCUUCAGCAAUUCAGCUCAGAGGGUAAGCAGGGUGAGGGCUGGCCCGGCUGGGACGGAGCUGAGCGGAAACUUGCAGUUCUGACUGUGGCCUUCCGCUAUCUGGACACAUACAGAGACUUACUGCAGGAGGAGGGAGAUCGCUCCAACACUUUUCCAAAGGAGCUGUAUUUGUGCGCCGUUCAGGAGCUCAGCCGCUUUCCUGAACUGGUGGAAGACGUCCUGAAGCUUCAGCGCUGGACUGAGAUAUUGCACAGCCCAGCCGAGGAGGACAAGGAAAGUCGCAAGAAGCAAGUCCGCCCGCUCUUCCGACACUUCAGGCGUAUCGACGCCUGCCUGCAGCCCCGAGAAGCUUUCCGUGGCUCGGACGAGAUCUUCUGCAGGGUUUACACACCAGAUCACUCAUACGUGACCAUUCGGAGUCGUCUUUCAUGCCGGGUCAGAGAGAUCUUGGCUCUGGUGAAAGAGAAACUUCAGUAUAGCGAGGACCAGCCCUUCCAACCCGCCAACCUCAUACUGGUGGCCGUCACCUCAUCUGGGGAGAAGGCUGUGUUCCGUCCCAGCGACGAGGCCGUUUUCACCACUCUGGGCGUCAACACCCACCUGUUCGCCUGUGAGCCCGCGGAGCUCGAGAGUUUGAUACCGCUCCCUGAGGAGAUCCACUGGUCACCAGGAGACAGCAAACUCCAUGACAUGAGUGCAGAGGAGGUGGCCAAUCAGCUGGUGGUGUUCGACUGGGAACUCUUCAGCUGUGUGCACGAGGUGGAGUUUGUGUGUUACGUAUUUCACGGGGAGCAGGCUCGCUGGCGCCCCCUCAACCUGGAGCUGAUCCUGCAGCGAUGCAGUGAAGUGCAGCACUGGGUCGCCACAGAGAUCCUGCAGUGCCAGUCGCUUCCGAAGAGGAUACAGCUACUGCGCAAGUUCAUAAAGAUUGCAGCCUUAUGUAAACAGCAGCAGGAUCUGCUGUCGUUCCUGGCGCUGGUUCUGGGACUGGACAACCCUGCAGUCAGCCGCCUACGUCUGACCUGGGAAGGUUUGCCAGGAAAGUUCCGGAAGCAGUUUCAGCAGUUUGAGAGCAUUGCGGACCCUUCGAGGAACCACAAGUCAUACAGAGACCUUCUAGCACUCACUCACUCACUCACUCACUCACUCACUCCACUCUCUCACUCUCUCUCUGCAGAUCUGACUUUCCUCCAUGAGAGCUGUAAGACUUUCCAUGGGGAGCUGGUUAAUUUUGAAAAGAUGCACAAAGUGGCCGAGAUGGUGCGAAGCAUCAGGCGGUAUAGGAGCACUCAGCUAGCAAUAGAGGCCGAGCCAUCCCCCUCUCACCUCCAGACAAAAGCGUAUGUUCGGCAACUGCAGGUCAUCGACAAUCAAAACCUGCUUUUUGAGAUGUCCAGCAAGCUGGAGCCAAAAGACAUGUGAAAGGAUCAAGCGUACCUACAAGCCAUAUCUACAAAAGCUCUAGUUCCCGCCAAUAAACCCACACACCCAACCCUUCAUUCACCAUUGUCACAGAUCAACCCAGCUGGGCUGUCAAUCAUCUCAGGCUCCGCCUCCAAAUCAUCAAACGAGGAAAUUUGUUCAUGAAAAUGGUGUGAAUUGUGCUUUGAGUGAUUCUGUGUCAAUGUUAAUUAUGACCACGCAUAGUGGUCUGGAUUCAUUUCUACUUUUUUUUUUUUUUUUUCUCGCUGUUCACGACUGAAGGGAAACCUGUUCUGAUUGCACUGCCAUCAGUUGAACUGAACCAAACCGGAAUAAGCUUAAUCUGUACAACUUGUCAUCCGGGCCUUCAGAAACACAGACUGCAUUUUGGCCAUUCAUGACCCCUAAAAUACAUGAGACAAUCUGACCUCUUGAACUCUUGACCUUUGGUCUUCCCUCCUCCCCUGCCAACAUUGGCACUUACUGCAACCCUGUGCAAUUGGUUGCAGUCAUUUGAUGUUAGUGUUCUGAACAAUAUGGAUCCCCAGCCAUCAAAAAUGAGUCCCGAAUCCAAGACCAGCUCCAACGUACAACAUAUUCUAUAAUAAACCUGAAUAAUGUAAAUGAAGAAGUCAUAAUACAGAAGAAAUUCAGGAAUAUUAGGAAUGUUAAUAUAUAAUUUAAUUAAAUUGAUCUUGUUUUAAGGAUGUUUAGAUAGAAAAACAAGACAAAAAUACUGAUAAUUAUUUUUGCAGCUUUGAAGCCAAAUUGAACUUUGCUGUUCAUUUAUUAAAGAUUACUAACAGACCAAAACAAUUGACCAAAAUGCAGUAUUUUGUAAUGCAGUUUGCCCUUGUACGUUAUGUUGAAAGGGCCUGGUGUAAGGUUCAUUCUCAUAAUAAAUGGAAAAGUGUUUAUUUGCACCCAAGUUUUUCUCCAGAAUGAUCCCAAGCUGAAAAUAGGCUCUGUAUGGGAUGACUUGUCUUGGAUUGGACUCUCUCAGGAUCUCCUCCUGAGGUCAUACAAGGGACGGCCUGUAAGGCUGCACUGUACAUAUGUCAUGUAAAUAGCAAAAAUAAAUAUGAAUAUGACUCUA